UACUACAUAGUUUACGUUAUUGGUGCAUAUUUAAAACAAUUCAAUAAGGUGUUACAUUUAAAUUAACCUUUUUUAAAGUUUAAAUGACUUCAUAAGUAGUAGGUAGACCAAUGAUAGUUAUAUAUAUUGAACAAUAGGUUAUAGAUGAUACAGUAAACCUCGAUUAUCCGUGUUUGCGAUUAACCGUGCUCACUCUUAUAUUGUACAUCGAUUAUUAUAUUUAUCGAAUCACCUUCAGUUUGCUUUUUUCCUUCGCUAUCGCCGAAUGUAACGUGUGGUAUAACAUAUUAAUCUUAUAAUGAGUGCUAAACGAAAACGUGUCGUUCUUUCUCUAGAGAAAAAGGUGUUGAUUAUUAACCKGKCUGUAGAUAAUGGUGAAAGUGUUCAAAAACUUGCAAAUGAAUUUGGCGUGGGUCAACAGACAGUUCRUGACUUAAUCAAACAAAAAAAAUGAAAUUUUCAAGUUCAUAUCUUGUGCAGAAGUAUCAGCUAAGAAGAGAAAAACUAUGAAAAAGUCAUCAUUAUCUAACAUGGGAUCUGCUCUUUUUGAAUGGUUUAAACAGAAGCGUAUUGAAGGCAUACCGAUUUCAGGGCCAAUGGUUUGUGAAAAAGCAAAAUGGUUUCAUGAACAUUUGAAAAUUGAGAAAACAUUUAAUGCUUCACAAGGCUGGUUAUUUAGGUUCAAAACUAGCCAUGGCAUAAGACAGCUGGACAUUCAAGGCAAAAGCCUGAGUGGAGAUUUAACUGCUGCAACACUAUGACGAAUUCAAUUCAUU